UCCCAAAGUUUCUUUCUUUUUCUACAUAGUAUCAAAGACUUAGGGGUUUUUCUUUCUGCUCUCUUCUGUUGAAUCUCUACUCUUUUAGUCAUGGUUGAAACCACUGAUGUGCCGAGCACUAUUAUUUCGACUGGAGCACUCGAUGUUUCUCACCCUCACUACCUUCACCCCUCUGAUUCUCCCGGAAUGAUGUUGGUUCAUUCUCUUUUUGAUGGCAAAGGAUUUGCUGGUUGGAAAAGAGCUAUUGUGAUUGCUCUUUCUGCCAAAAACAAGUUAAGUUUCAUUGAUUCUUCUCCCAUUGUGCCCCUUAUCACAUCACCUCAGCAUUCUGCUUGGAGCAGAUGCAACAACAUGGUAAUUUCUUGGAUCAUCAACUCUCUUUCACGGGACAUAGCUGAAUCUGUCUUGUAUUAUCCUACUGCAAAAGAAAUCUGGAAGGAAUUAGAGGCCAGAUUUGGGCAGUGCAAUGGAGCACAAUUAUAUCAACUUCAAAAGGAACUCAAUGAUGCUGUACAUGGGGCCAAUGAUAUCGCAGGUUACUUCACCAAGGUGAAGAAGUUAUGGGAUGAACUCGACGCUCUUAAUGUUUUUUAUUGUUGUGUGUGUGCUUGUACCUGUGAAGGAAAGGCGAAAACUGCAAAAUCCCAUCAGAAUGGUAGACUCAUUCAAUUUUUAAUGGGUCUAAAUGAGGCAUACUCAGGUGUAAAGAGUAGUAUUCUGAUGAUGGACCCUCUACCAAGUGUGGGUCAGGCUUACUCCUUGCUCAUUCAGGAUGAAAAACAGCGUGAAAUGCAUGUAGUCUCACACCCUACAGACGUUGCUUUCAUGGCAAACUAUCAGAAGUUCCAGAGAAGAUUCACUCCUUAGAGAUCUCCUCCAAAUGUGGAUGGACGGAUCAAUCCUAAUUUCGACAAAUCUAAGACAGGAAAAUUUUGCACUCAUUGUAAGCUUACUAAUCAUAAGGUUGCUAACUGUUACAGAUUAAUUGGUUUUCCCUCAAAUUUCAAAUUCACAAAGUCCAAGAGGAACCCAAGUUUUGGUACCACUGCUGCCCAGGUUGGAACUUCACAACUACCUGAUGGUAUGUCCUCUAGACAAUACUUCUCUCCUGAGCAAUCUUCACAUCUAUUCCAGCUGAUGCAAGAUGCCAAGCCUAGCCAACAAAAUGAGCAACAAUCAGAUGUCAAUGUCUUAGCCAAUUGUGCUGGCCCCUUCUAUGAAGAGGCUAGUGGUUCUUGGUGAAGUCCAUGGUGGGCUUUAUCUUCUCAACUCAACUCCACUCUAGUCUAGCCAUGUUUCCUCUUCCCCUACUUCUCCUCAGGAGGAUCACUUGGUUGCUAAUACUCCUUGUAAUGAGUCUGUUUUAGUAGCUGAUUCUAGUUCUAUUUCAAUUCCUUCAAAGCUUUUAGCUAAUGAUGUAAGCCUCUGGCACAAUAAACUGGGGCAUUUGCCC